AUGUUGAGAAAUUUAGUGUCAACUCUGAUGGAUUUUAUAAAGGCCAACUUUGGGAUACCACAACGGAUACACCAAGCAUGGUGUCGCUACGUCAUCCAUCGCUACUUAGGCCACUUGUUGGAGAUGAAGCUUACAUUGGACCAAUUGUCGAUGAAAUUGGGUGAAGGAGAGAUCAAUAUUUCGGACCUCAAACUGAACACAGAAUUUAUCAACUCAACCCUGGAAACACUCGAUUUGCCGAUUCGAUUGAUUGAGGGAUACAUUGGGAGUGUUAGCCUUAAAGUUCCCUGGUCUUCGGUGACCAUAGAUUCAACAGAGGCACGAGUCGAUCAGUUACAGCUAACAUUUCAAGCACUAGAGCGCUUCAAUGUCGAUGACACGGAUGGAGUCUCUUCAAUGCUCGGCAGUGUCGUUGACUCACUCGUCUCAUCCGCUGAAUUAGCCCAAGAAUUUUGCAAGAACGAAAACUUGAAGAACGAUGAUUUCAACGAAGAUGGAAUGAAUAGUGGCACUGAUGGAAUCAAAGCUUUUUCACAGGUGAUUGAUGCAAUCAUUUCCCGAUUCUUCGUCAGUUUCACGGACACAAUCGUUCGAAUCGAAAGACCACCAGAGAAUGGAUCCGCUUAUUGUACAGGAAUCGAAAUGGAGAUUAAAGAAAUGGCGUUUAUGGACGAUCAGAUGAAAAACGUGAGAGAGGGAUCGGGGACGACAAAAACGAUCACCUCGCAGCCAUUGAACGGCUGCUCGAUCGCGAAAUUGAACAAAUAUCUUUCUUUUAAAGGACUUUCCUUCUACACUGAUGUCUUCUCUUCCGUUGGUGAAAAUGUUGAAUUGGGUGAAGAAGCGUCUUCAAGUCAAUGCAUGACAAGCAUGUUUAUCAGAAGAGAACUGCAGAAACAGAAAGACGAGCUCACCACAUCAACGCAAGACCGAGAGACACUCUUCCAAUCGACCACAUCAGGGAUGGGAGAUUUUCAGUCUUGUUAUUCAACUCUUCCCACAAAUCAGCACGUUAAUUUCUCAAGUUCAAACGGACUCAGUUCGACAACUGAAAGACUUCAAUCGAAUCCGAUAAAAUUCGCGGAAUUCGCUGACAAUGCUGCCAUUACUAUACAAAUUGAUAACCCAAGUUUGACGACAAAGGGACCAAAUGAUCGAAAAUUCUCAAUCGAUGUAAAAACCGGAGGAGUAAACGUUUUCCUUUCCCCGUCUCAACUCGUCAUUCUUCAAAAAUUCUUCACAAACAUUUCAUUGGAGCCAAAAAAGAAAAAGAGUCAAAAUAUGGGUACACACAUGAGCGAUGAAACAGGCGAGGAAGUGCUGCAAAUGCAUAUGAUGGAGAAUCAGAGAUGUGGAGGGAAUUUGCUUGGAGGUGAUUAUGGCGGUGGUGUGGACAAUUUCCAAGCCUUUUCUGCGAUUCCACUGGACGAUUCGAUUAAAAUCCCCGAAAACUCGUCAAAUCAUAUGAAUUCACCAAAAACGAGUAAAGCUGGAAGAACGGAGGGUGAGACGACAUUCGUAGCCACAAUUGGAUACGCUAAUAUUUUCGUGACGCACGAAGAUCCACUAGAUAAAAUACAUCGGGAUCAUGGGGAGCAAAUUGAACGACUCAUGGAAUGCAGCAAUCAAUUCUUCUCAAAAAUGUCCUCUUUCAACACGGUGAAUCAAAAAUUGACCAACGUUGUAAUCGCCAAGAUUCGCAGCGAUCUAGAUGAAGCUUAUCCAGGAAAUCAUUUGAGAUGUACUGCUGGCCAAAUCAGCAUCAAGAUGGACAACUCGAACGGCCGAGAGAGGAUCCAAGUGAGAGCGCUGACUUUUGAGAUCAUCGAGUCGCUCAAUCAAGAGUCUGUCAAGGGGGCCACUGAAAGAACCUACGUUCCACUGCUCACAUUCAAACGAGAAACCGAUGAGGAUCGGAGUGAGUCGAGCAUCAAAGUAGACAUUAUGAGACCGAGUGUCGGAGAGGAGAUCAAUCUCUACCUCGGUCGAGUCGUCUCCGAGUUGGACAUUUCGAUGCUCGACCGGAUCGCUUCCCUAAUCGCUCCACAACCAUUCUUCCUUGAACCGAAACUUGGUGCUUUUGCUCAAAGUCGACAGAAAUAUCCAUCUCGUCUCUCUGAACGUCUUUUCGGCAAUGAACCUGAAGAGAAACCAUCAAAAACGCUUGUUAAUUUGAAUUGUAAAGAGUGGACGAUUGAUCUAAAAUUCCCGGUGGUGAACUUGUGCAACAAUCGAAAUGACUUUCAUAUCCGAAAUUUGCAUUCCGAGAUUCUUCGAGUAAAAUUGACUGGAGUGAGAGCAAGUCUUCCAUUCGAGGGUCCACACGAGAUUCGAUUCGAACUGCUAGCCGAUUCCCUCGUUGGUUGGUUCAUCGGUGACGAAGAUGUCUUAAAAUGUCGUUCUGAGGACUUUUGCUUCUUGUACGGCGAGAAGAAAUUCGAUACCGACUCGCAAUUUGUCAAGUUUUCUGUAAUCUACGACCGAAGAAACAAAUGUCUAAAGGAUGCGAAUCUUUCAACAGAGCAAAGACAUCCGGAUAUGGAAAAGAGCUUCUCAGCUGCAGUAAUUGGAUCGGUGCCAAAGCGUGAAGGCCUUUUUGCUCAAAUUCAUCAAGCUUACACAAGAGAUGAGACAAAAUGGACUGAAGGAUUGGAUGAGAUCGACACUGAGAUGCAAAGCGAGAACUCUGCGGCUAUGUGCUCAAUCGUUCGAGCGGGAAGCAGAGCCGAAAUGCAACAGUGGUCAACACAAUGUGAAGCCCAAUCGAAUGUCAAGAUGUCCAUUCACAUUCCCGUUCUUCGAUUGCACAUCCCGAAUCACGCGUUUUUGGAGCGGCUCUACAAUCGACUGGUGAACGAUCUUCCCCUCUGGGUUCCUUCAUCUCCAAGGCUCUCAAAAUCUGAUUCUAAUCAGCUCACCGAGACUUUCCGACAGUGCAAAAAUGAUGUUGAGGUGCACGAUUCGGAUACAAGCAGCGAAACGGAACACGAUGAACCAUCGCAUUUCACGAAUGAAGAGCCGAUCGAUCGAUCGAAGAAUCAUCUCUUCUCAUUGUCUUUCAAAUCGAACAAAGCUUCUUUUGUUGUAGGAACUGAGGUUAUUGAGAACAAUCAGCCAGUCGAUGAGGCUCAGGCGCAAGUGUGUGCCGAAAUGGAGGGUCCUCUCCUCUAUGUGCUCUACGGAUUCCACGCAAAUCCCCUUCAAACAUUCUUCUACUUCACCAGUCAAUCACUUCAAGUCGCACAUGAUCAACGAAACAAGGCACCGAAUAAUGUAUGUGAGACGAAUUUCGGGCGAUAUCAAGCAUUUCGUCAUGAUAUCGUUGUCGAGAGAGUGUUUGACGAAGAUUUGGUAGAGUUGGGUGAAGAGGAUUGUCUCAGUGUGGCGAUGGAGUUGAACUUGAGAGCGAAUCAAGAUGAUGUUAAGGAUACAACUCUUGCAAUCAGUGCUCGGCAACUUCUUAUCAACGCUCGCCCAUUCCGAGACGCUGGUCAUUUGUGGGUGACGCAACUCGCCGCUCUCUUUACACUGAAUGAUUUUGAUAUUGAGGGAUAUGAGGUGCCAAAGGUUCAAACUGAGUUCCACGUGAAUCUCGACCAAAUCGUACUUGCCUACGAUCACGGAGACGCGAUGCCGGGCAGUGAUCUCAAAUUGAGAGUUUCUCUUUCGCAAGCUGACAUUUGUUGUGGAUCGUUGGAAGCGGAUUGUGCUUGUGAGCUUCUUUGUGUUUUUGAGAGAACGAGAGCUUUCCUCAACAAUCGGCCAACAAAAAAGACAGCCAGAUUCGAUGAUGAUGUUCCCCGAAGAAAGGAGAGAACGGGACGAGAACCGAGUCCUUAUGUUCAAAUCAUGGACGUGGGACUGUUUCAACUUGAGGUCCGCUUGGCUCAUCCAAAUGUUACCCGACAGAUGAUCCCACAAAUGGAGAUCCGGUGCACGAAUGAUCUGAUCAAGCUCUGGCUCUGUGCCGAUUCUCUUGUCACCCUUGUCAAUAUGGCCUCAGAAAUCUCACAAUCGGAAGCCUUCGCUCCAAUCCCGAUCGCUGAACCAAUUGUUGAAGAAGAUGAUGUGGAAAGAUCAACGGUUAUUGAUGAGGGAAAAUCCGAGGCUGGUGAAUCGACAUGGAGUCGUCCCGCAUCAAACAGACCACUUGAAAUGCCACUACCGGUUGAUAAAGCUCAACAAUUACAGCAAAUGAUGGCAAGCGCGAUGGAAGAAGAACCGUCAUCGAGUGCGGCCAUUCCGGUGGCCAUGGAGGCGAUGGAGACGUUAGAUGACUUCUGUGACACGGCUCCUGGGUCAUAUAGCUCUCGGAGCAGUCGAAGAAGCCGAAACCGUGUCGAUUCCACAUCGGAGAACUAUCACACAAGAAACACAUCACUUUCCACGGACGACGAGUUUUGCAUGGUUGACGAUGUCUUAGGAGCCGGGAUUUUAGGCUCACACGGUGAACCAAGAAUCCGAGCACUUCGUCGGGGCUGUACUGCUGAGGAAACGGGAAUUUCCCCUGAAAGAUCCUACUUCUCCCAAAUCAACGAUACGAAAGUCGAUGGAUUGGCUUCUCUUCCAUCCGAUUAUGUUCAACCAAUUUGUCGGUAUCACAUCAAAGACGUGAGCAUUCAGUUGCAUCUCUUUGCAGGAAAUGAUUUUGGUGAUCAACGAGACGAGCCAAGACCGUAUAGUACUGAUGAGUAUAGAGAGGGAUCAGGGAAAGGACAAACGGUGCCGCGUGAGGAGAGGGGAGGACCACAUAGAGAUCACUCUGUAUCAGUUAUUCUCAACUUAAGCAAGAUCCAAGUCCUUCACCAAAUCUUCGACCAAUCGGCGCCGAUGAUGGGCAUGACUUUUGCCACAAUUCAAGAUAUCACAGUGAAAGAUCGGCUAAGAUCGAGUGAAAUCAAUGAAAUGUUGUACCAGUACUUUACCACGGAGAACCCGCGUCGCACUCUGGCUCCAAUGUUGGCGAUUCGCGUGGCCGAGACGCACAAAUGUGAAGGGAAAUUGCGGGUCUCAUUGUUGCCCGUUCGAGUGAACAUCGAUCAGUAUACCCUCGAUUUUCUCGAAGAUUUCUCAACAGCAGUGAUCAAGAAUUUGAAGCUACCACAUAAUGUGAAUCUUCCUAUGAAGAAAAACCCGGUGAUCGAAGUGCCGACAAGGAUUUUGGAGAGAGAAGAGCAAGCGGGCGGACGGCUUUAUCCAUCUUUAAGCUCGGAGCCGUUGACACCGAGUCCUCUAAUGCCUCAUCCAUAUGUUGACCUCUCACCACUCGAAGAAAGACCCUCAUCUUCACCAGUGAAACGACCACUCAACAUCGAUCCAAUGCACGACUCUAUGGCUUUCUGCCGAGAUCCAUCCCCAAGAAAGGGCAAUGAGAUGAGCUACAGUAUGAAUGGCUUGUCAACAUCAUUGCCUGAAGCCACUGGUGAUUACAAUAACCCCGAUCUGUUCACUGUUGGAGCUGAGGAUAUGCAAGGAGACUGGGCAAGCAGCUCGAUUCGGAUGAGUCCCCCAGUGCGUGAUAGUCCAGAGCCUCUGCUUCCCGAUCUCUCACCUCCUCCACCAUCUCGAGGUCCCCUCUCUCCAUCAGUCGAUCAAUUAUUGAUGAGAAGUACAAUGGAGGGAUCAAUUCAUCCACAUUUGGAUAACAUGGAUUCACCAUUGUAUUCAAGAGAUGGAUAUGGAGAAGAACAUGAUGAGGAGAGAGAUGAUGCAACAACGACAAUGGAGCAAUCGCACGUUCAACCGCAAAAGCUCACCACUUUCUUCAAAGAAUUCGUUUUCUCACCAUCCGCCACUUUCUACAUCGACUAUCAAGGGAAACAGAUCAAUUACGAGAAAGAUGGUGCCGUUCUUGGUGUUCUGAAAGGUCUCGGGAAGUUGAAUCGAACGGAGAUCGUGCUGAAAGAGAUUAUUUGUCGGAAUGGGCUACUUGGAUACGAUCGUUGUCUACAGUACGCAAUCGAUGAAUGGAGUGACGACAUCGUCUCUCAUUUCCCCAACGUCUUGGCCUCAUGUGGACCGAUUAGUCCACUUGUGCAAAUUGGACGAGGUUUCUACGAUCUCUUCUGGAUGCCGGUGAGCGAGAUGAGAAAAGAAGACGGCCGACUUGUAAAGGGCAUUCAAAAGGGCGCAGGCAGCUUCGGAGUGAGCACGGCAGCGGCAGUGGUCGAGUUGGCGCAGACUUUAGUCGGAGCUGUGCAGUAUGCAACGGAGGCGGUUUUCAACGAGGUGAACCCAGCCGAGCCAUAUCAAAACCUGAGAAACAGAAAAGCUAUAGCCGGUCGAUCUCAAGCAGCGCCAGCCGAUUUGCGACAAGCAACUCAAAGAGCUUACGAUAUUGUGAGAGAUGGAGUAAUGCAAACAAAGAGUGAUCUCGAUGCCGCCACUCAGGAAAAUCGAGCAAAUGGACAAUCGACUUUGAGAUCUUGGGCUCGAUUCACAGCGCCGGCUAUCAUGAGACCAUUUGUGAUGACAACUCAAGUGACUUAUCAAAUGUUGGGCGGUUUGCGAAAUCAAUUACGACCGGAUGUUUACAUGGAAGAUCGCCAUAAAUGGAAAGGAGCUGAGCCCGGGUCAACUUCUCAU